AUGUCUGCCCCUCAAUUCUGGUCGACUCCCCUCCGUUACAUCCGCUGGGCCUCCCACGAGAAGCCUGCGAUCUUCUUCUCCCUGAUCAUUGGUUCCAUGGGCCCGGUCGCGCUGGUCGGCCUUCCCCCGCUCCGUCGGGCUCUCGGCGACGUUGACCCGGAGCCUAUUCCCCUGUCAUAUCCUCUUCCGAAGGGCCCGCGAUCAAUCCCUCAGGGAUAUGAUGACGAGUAA